AUGGACGAUCCUUUUGAUAAACCCCUGGCACACGACGUGCGGUGGUUGCACAGGGCCGUAGCCGGUGCGUGUGCUGCAGGCUUCGGGGUUUCUUCGGCCUUUGGGGGGGCCUUGCGGGUGUCCCGGCGUACCGCGGAGCCCCGCGCUCCGCUGGAAGCGCGAGAUGAACUGAUAAUUGCUUCCUGGCUGGUGUAUGAAGGAAUAAGUGUAGGAAGGGAAAGGUUAGUGAGUGACAGUUGCUUCAGGAACCUUGCCGAGGAUCGUAGUGGGAUAAACCUUAAAGAUCUGGUCCAAGACCCUUCUUUGUUGGGUGGGACUAUAUCUGCAUACAAGAUAGUGCCAGACGAAAUAGAAGAAAUCAAGGAGACGCUGAUAGAUUGGUGUGAUGAAAAGGAACUUAAUUUGAUUUUAACAACUGGAGGAACAGGGUUUGCACCACGAGAUGUCACUCCAGAGGCCACUAAAGAAGUAAUAGAGCGAGAAGCCCCAGGGAUGGCCCUGGCAAUGCUGAUGGGAUCACUUAAUGUUACUCCUCUGGGCAUGCUCUCUAGACCUGUGUGUGGAAUCAGAGGGAAAACUCUCAUAAUUAAUCUGCCAGGUAGCAAGAAAGGGUCACAGGAAUGCUUUCAGUUUAUACUGCCAGCCCUACCUCACGCCAUUGAUCUUUUGCGGGAUGCCAUUGUAAAAGUAAAGGAGGUACACGAUGAGCUUGAAGAUCUACCUUCACCACCACCUCCUCUAUCUCCUCCUCCAACCACCAGCCCUCACAAGCAGACAGAAGACAAAGGAGUACAGUGUGAGGAAGAGGAGGAAGAGAAGAAGGAUAGUGGAGUUGCCUCAACAGAGGACAGUUCUUCUUCACAUAUAACAGCAGCAGCCAUCGCAGCUAAGAAGCAUCCAUCCUACACCAGUUCAGCUGCUAUCAUGGCAAAAGGUGAACAGCCCAUCCCUGGUCUCAUCAGUUAUUGCCAUCACGCAGCAGGCAAUGCAGGAGAACCGAUUCCAGAUUCCAUCAUCUCUCGUGGUGUUCAGGUGCUCCCACGUGAUACAGCUUCCCUCAGUACUACUCCUUCAGAAUCUCCUCGUGCCCAGGCCACCUCUCGUCUCUCCACUGCAUCCUGCCCAACGCCAAAAGUCCAGUCUAGGUGCAGCAGCAAGGAGAACAUCCUCAGAGCAAGUCACAGUGCUGUUGACAUUACCAAGGUAGCAAGAAGACACCGCAUGUCUCCAUUCCCAUUGACGUCUAUGGACAAGGCCUUCAUCACAGUUCUGGAGAUGACCCCAGUGCUUGGAACAGAAAUCAUCAAUUACAGAGAUGCCUCCAGCCGAGUCCUUGCUCAAGAUGUAUAUGCAAAAGAUAAUCUACCACCAUUUCCAGCAUCAGUAAAAGACGGCUACGCUGUCAGAGCUGCUGAUGGCCCAGGAGAUCGAUUCAUCAUAGGGGAAUCCCAGGCUGGUGAGCAGCCAACUCAGACUGUGAUGCCUGGUCAGGUAAUGCGCGUUACAACCGGUGCUCCAAUUCCAUGUGGUGCUGAUGCAGUGGUGCAAGUGGAAGAUACAGAGCUUAUCAGGGAAUCAGAUGAUGGCACUGAAGAACUAGAGGUUCGAAUCCUGGUGCAGGCUCGACCAGGCCAAGAUAUCAGACCUAUAGGACAUGACAUUAAAAGAGGUGAAUGUGUGCUGGCUAAAGGAACCCACAUGGGUCCAUCUGAGAUUGGUCUCUUAGCAACUGUUGGAGUAACCGAAGUAGAAGUGAACAAGUUUCCAGUGGUUGCAGUCAUGUCAACAGGGAAUGAGCUACUGAAUCCUGAAGAUGACCUCUUGCCAGGAAAGAUUCGGGACAGUAACCGUUCAACUCUCCUAGCUACAAUCCAAGAACAUGGUUAUCCAACAAUCAACUUGGGAAUUGUGGGAGAUAACCCAGAUGAUUUACUGAAUGCACUGAAUGAGGGUAUCAGCCGUGCUGAUGUGAUCAUUACAUCAGGAGGCGUAUCUAUGGGGGAAAAGGACUAUCUUAAACAGGUGCUGGAUAUCGAUCUUCAUGCACAGAUUCACUUUGGCAGAGUUUUUAUGAAACCAGGCCUGCCAACAACUUUUGCAACUCUGGAUAUUGAUGGCGUAAGAAAAAUAAUCUUUGCGCUCCCAGGCAAUCCUGUGUCAGCUGUUGUCACCUGCAAUCUCUUUGUUGUUCCCGCACUGAGGAAAAUGCAGGGUAUCCUGGAUCCUCGGCCCACCAUCAUCAAAGCCAGGUUAUCAUGUGAUGUAAAAUUGGACCCCCGCCCAGAAUAUCAUCGGUGCAUACUGACUUGGCAUCACCAAGAACCACUACCUUGGGCACAGAGUACAGGGAAUCAGAUGAGCAGUCGUCUGAUGAGUAUGCGCAGUGCCAAUGGACUGUUGAUGCUACCUCCAAAGACAGAGCAGUAUGUGGAGCUUCACAAGGGGGAGGUGGUGGAUGUCAUGGUCAUUGGAAGGCUAUGAUGCCACCAGCAAGAGCGAAGCUUUGAUGCAUGUCCACAUAUCAUUGACUGUAUCCUGUAAUAUGCAACGGCACAGCUAGUUUUUCUGAUUUGGAUAAAAGUUGAUCAGUAUAGUCAACAUCUUGAAUUAUAUUUCAAAUGGAAUUUAAAUAAAUACCUUUUAAAAAAAACUUUAAAACAAAUCUUAACGAAGAAAUUUAUUCUGAUUAUAUCAAAGCAACUUUUUCCUUUCCUUGCAAUUGCUUUGUGUGUUCAAUGCUAGUUCUAAUAGCGGUAGCUUUUAGUAGACAGCAGUAGGUGCCUGCAGAACUUGUGUUUUUUCUCAUCUUUAAGAUACAACUACUUAUGCUCUUAAAACAAGGCUGUCUGCUUAUUUAUACUAGCGUAGACAACACUUGGAUUUCCCUUAUUAGUAUGCUUCAUAACUGCUUCACAGAGAGCUUCUGCUUGUUCUUUAUCUUGUAUCUCGUGUUGAUGUGCACAGUGCCAAAAGCAGAGUGGCUGCGCUGGGAACCCAAUGAAGCCCCGAGGUUUUCACACCUCGCUGCGCAUUCAGGGAUCUCUCUUGUCCCGGCAGCCACCCAGCUCAGUACUCUUGGGCAGUAACUGGAUACCUUUUAUUUCAACAAACAAAAAAAUUGCUUCCUUAAGUGCUGACAGCCUUUUUAACCAAUACAUUUAAAAAUGUACAGAACUAAAAACUAAAAAAAAAUCAAAGACUGAUCUUGUACAGAUAUUAGUGUUACCAGCAUUCGUGUGGAAAUUAAAUGAGCAAAGAAAUAAAACUAAUGUUAAACAACUCUGUACCAUAACAUUUUCUGUAAUGAUAUUGAAACUUAAAUGAAUAAAAAAAAUCCUCAAUCAUUAUUUAAAA